AUGUCGCCAAUAAGGGCGCCCACCAACAGGAGCUGCUCCUGUGCCCCGCCUGACGGUCAUCUGAGCGUCUACACGCCGCGAUACCGCGGCCUGGGCACGGCCGAAUCACCAUUCAUACAAAUCCCCCACCCCAUCCAGACCUGGUUCCGGUUCAAAAUCAUCCUCCCGGCCCAUCGCGGAGGCGACAAGGCAUUCACGGCGGAGUGGACAUUCACCACCAUCCAUCUGCUGGAAAUGCUCGACUGCCUCGAGAUCGACCGGUCGGUCGUCAGGGACCCGACCGUCUUCGUCUGCUUCCAUGGGUUAGUCUCGGGCGACGAAUACCCGCACAGAUACGUGCCGGAGUAUAAGGGGCUUGUCAAUCUGAAUGAUGAAGCGGCCUGGCAGAGGGUGCUGGUGGGAUGCAGGGAGAGGCUGGGCUAUAUCUCGCUGUUUUUUUCGGCCAUAAUGCAUCAUGAGGAUGUGGCGUCCUUCGAGGAUCAACGGCUCAGGGAGGUUAUUGUCCAUCACGUGGUGAGAGGUAAAAGAUUCUUUUUGGUCCUUGCAAAGAGUAGAAGGGCACGCACGAGCUGUGGAAAAUGUUGA